AUGCAGCGCUUUGUUCCUGCAUGGACAGUGCAGGCGUCUCAAGAAGGCGACACCCCAACGCGCUUCACACUUCCCCUUCCAUCUCAUUUUAUCAACUCUGGUGAUUCGGCCGAUGAUUUCGAGCCUCGUGCGUUUUUCCUUGAGAAGGCGCUGCCUGAGGAUACAAACAUAGGUGGGAGGACACCUGUCUUUCCCCGCUGCGGGCAUAGUGGUUUGUUUUUUGCCCGCGAGGAGGUUGUCGAUAAUCUUCAGGCUGCCGCGGCGGAUCUCAAGUUUUCCUCUCCGUUUUGGCUUCGUAAGAAUCACCCAGGCCUAGAAUCAGGCUACCUUCAGCUGAAGGAGGGGAACGAGACGAUUGUCAUCAGCCUCACAGCUAGUAUCGUCGGAUUUGGUGAUGUGGAGACCAUUGAGGCGGCUAAAUUACACCCAUUGCUUCGCAAAGCAAUCAAAGGAGACAUUAACUCUGCCGGUGGGUUGACAGUUUCAGAUGAACUACCACUUGGAAUGAAUGCACUGACCGGCGCCGUCACAAAAAAUCCAUUCGUUUGUAGUUUGCCAAAUCGAGGACUUUGGCUCUCCCAGGAUCAGCUGCUGCAUCACAACAUCAAGUUGUCGCGGCACAUCAAACAGGCUGUUAGUGCUUUUACAUUGGUCGAAAUAGACCAGUGGGAGCUCUUCAACGCAGAUCAGCUUCAGGUUCCGGGAAGAUUGGGUCUGCGACAGAGUCUCAAUCUGGCACCCAAUGAAUCCGUUUUUCAACCGGUAUGA